AUGCGGCGGCGGCGGCGUUAUAGAAUCGAAAUCCUUGCACAUCGAGAAGAUCGAAUCUUUGCUCCGCAACGCGAUGAUGAUCUGCAACCGCCCGUCGAUAUCCCGUUCGCGCCGAUCGAUAAAUAUCCCGCGAUAUCGAAUUUACAAACGUGUUGGUCAUUUUUUUUCACCUCUUCUUCUUCUUCUUCUUCGAGAUCUUUGCCUUCGAGUUGCCUGCUGAAGCAGGCACUGAGCGAGACCUUGAGGUAUUUCCCGCUGUCCAUGAAAGUGGUGGAUUGGCCUGCAAUGCCAAGCCUUUCAGGUAGAGAACAAUGCGGCGUGUAUUGGAAAGAGGUGGACGUGUUAUACCAUCAGGAGGAAAAGGAGGAAAAGGAGGAGGAGGAGGAGAAAAAGAGAAUAAUGGAAAGAGUUGAAAGAAAGACGAAACCUUUGAAAAUUCCUCGAAGAACGUGCAUGGCGGUACAGAAAACGAACGUUCGUUCAUUUACUAAGAAUAACGAAGAGAAAUGGGAAGUUCUGACUUUCUUUGUGAAGCACUACGCGUGCGACGGGGACUCGAUGAAGACGUUUCUUUCUUUCUUUUGUCGCAUCAUCCAAGAGCAAGAAGAGCAACGACAACGACUACAACAAAGAGAAUACUUACUUUCUAAGCGACGUUUGAGUGAGAUUCACCUGCCAACGAGUAAGCGUUUGGAAUACUUUAAACUCUCAAAGAGAGAAGAAAUGAAAGUUAAAGAGUACGGCGAGUUUAUCGCGUAUCCUGAACUCGUCGAACACGGGUGCGUAAAAGUAAAACCGUCUCGAGCGCUUCGCGGUAUUUUGGUCGGUGGUCUAAAAUUUAUCUUUUCGAAAACCACUAGGAUUCAAAUUAAAUUGAGCGAAACCUUCAUUCGCAACAUGAAAACGAGAACUGCGCAGUUGGCUCCAGUUGAAGAUUACGUCGUCGAGGAUGAUUACGUGAGCUCGAACGACAUCGCCACCGCGUUUUGUUGGAAGCUUCUUUCUUUAGUGAACGAGAGGAAGGAGAAGAAGAAGAAGAGCACGAAGAAGAAACCAUCUUACGCCAAUAUUGCAAUAAACUAUAGAAAUUACGGUGUUCUGCCGAGAAACUAUUUCGGCAACGCUUCGUUUGCGCAUAUUAUUGCUGUCGAUGAUGUGUACGCAUCUGUUGAAAAACGAGCGAGAGAAAUCAGGAGAUCCUUGCAGAAAUAUCGCGAAGGAGACUCGCGCGUGAUUGAUUCGCGAACAAGAGUCAGACUCGCGCUCGGAUCUUUGGAUAAUAUAUCGUUUCGCGAACAUUUAAUUUCAUUGCAUUCCAUGUUGAAUUCGCUCGAUUUAAGCGCGACGAAUUGGAUGACGUUCGAUUUUUACAAUUUGGAGUUAGGGCGCGGCGUGAAAGCGACACAAUUUGAUGGAUACGUAACGCCGCGCGUACCGAAUUCGUGCGCCAUCCUUCCUACUCGGGCCGGUGAUGGAUGUACGCUCAUGGUGGAAAUGAAAAAGAACAAAGUUAAAAAAGCAGUUGAGAUUGUUCGAAGGAUGUUUACACUCGACGAUGCUGAUAAUAGCUGA